AUGGGUAAUAAUUGUACUUGUUGGAAACAUGACUUACAAAAUUAAAUAGAACAAGAUAGAAAAUCUAAACCACGAUGGCAAAGCUUAGAGUUCUUGAAAUCGUAGGAGCAUAAAAUAGUUAAAAUGCAGUCUUGGAUUCGUGGAUGGUAAGCUCGUUAACGAGUUUGGAAGAUUCAAUUGCAAAAAUAUAAUGACAGUGUGAAUGAAUAGUUAAGAACGUAGCGUCAGUUUUUACCGUAGAUAUUCCGCCAGCGUGAUUAAUGUUGGAUCUAGACAAUAAUCUCCAUUUGAUUUUGGUAUUGACGAUAUUAAUGAUUCACUUGUUCAUUAAAAAGUACUGAAAGAACCAAUGAAAUUAGAAAAUGGAGCCACUUACUUUGGAGAAUGGAUAAAUGAUUUAAGACAUGGAAAGGGAAUAUUGAUUUGUGAUGUAAAUCGAUUUAUUUAAGAAAGGAUGGUUCAAAAUAUGAAGGUUAUUUUUAUUAAGGAAAUGCUCAUGGAAGAGGUAGAUUAAUACAUUCAAAUGGUGAAAUAUAUGAGGGAUAAUGGGAGAACGAUGAAGCACAUGGUUAAGGAACAUAUAUACAUGAAGAUGGAGCUACUUAUAUAGGUUAAUGGGAACAUGAUUUAUAACAUGGAAAGGGAUGUGAGAAAUGGCCAGAUGGAAGGUUAAUAUUAUAUAUAAAGACUUUAGUUAUUUUGAAGGAAUUUAUAAACAUGGAAAAAAAGAUGGUUUAGGAAAGUUUGUAUGGGCUGAUGGAGCAAUUUAUGAUGGAGAGUUUAGAAAUAAUAAUAUAGAUGGUUAUGGUAAAUAUACAUGGCCAGAUGGCAAAUAAUAUAUAGGUUAUUGGUAAAAUAAUAAAAAGUAUUUUUUUACAAAUAAAUAAUUAGAAAUGGAAAAGGUAAGUACAUAUGGCCUGAUGGAAAAGUAUAUGAAGGUGAUUUUGUAUUUGAUUAAAAACAUGGAUAAGGAACACUUAGAUUCCCUGAUGGAAGAGUUUAUGAAGGAGAAUGGUAAUAAGAUAAAUAACAUGGAAGAGCCAUUUUAAAAUUGCCAAAUGGUAAAACUUCAUUUGGAGAAUGGAAAAAUGGAAUUCGUAUCAAUUGA